GGUGCUGCUUUCGGUUGCUAAGGAGACGCGGUGGGCAGUUGAGGUGAACAUAAUGAUCGUUUCUCAGUGAGAUUGGAAGGGUCUGUCUGGCCGGUUGCGGUGCGGAGGGGACGCCACAUACCUCGCCAGGAGUCUGACGGCCUGGCAAACACCCCCUUCCUCCGCGAGCCGCCAUGGUGACGCUCAUCACAGAGCAACUCCGCAAACAGAAUCUGGAGGAGCCCCCUUACCACAGGGCUUUCUCUCUCAACGUGUCAUUGCCUGAAGUGGGUUCCAGCCCCACUGUGUGUUGGCGCGGGUGUGGGUUGACUCCAGAGAGCAGUUGGUCUAUGUUCCCAUCCUCUAAGACCCACCUGCAGGAUGCCUCUGUCCUGUCCUCCCUGGACCCACUGGGAACACCUUUCCCUCUCCCCAGCACCUCUGUGACAGACCUGUCCCUGCAGAGCUCUCCUCCGCCACCUCCUCCUCCCAAACGCCACUGUCGCUCCCUGUCUGUCCCUGAGGACCUGUCCCACUGCCGCAGCCCCUGGCGCCCCAGCGCCUCCAAGAUCUGGACCCCAGUCAAGCGCCGCUGCCACAGUGGAGGGGGUGUGGCCUGCAUGGGCGUUGGCUCCUUGGUUGGUUCCAUACCCCUCCGAGGCCCCAGCUCCUCCCUCACCUCCUCCCUACACUCCUCCUCCAGCCCCACCUUCUUCAGCCUGGCCAUGUUCCCUGACUCCCCUCUUCCCUGGGGCUGUCCCUGGGACCAUAAUGAUCUGCCCAGGGGAGGCUGCACUGGCUUCUUCCCUGCCCCCUCCUCCUGCUCCUCUUCACCCGCCUCACUGGGUUCCUGUCGGCCCUUGCUGCAACGCCGCUUCUCUCUGUCCCCUGUGCACGUCCUGCCUCCACAGCCCUCCCCCUCUCCUGCUCCCGGGCUAGUCCCACGCUACACUUCGAUGGAUCCUCCGGCCCCCUCUCCCUCCUCAGCCUGCAGUUCCCCGUCAUCCUCGAGGCGCAACCUACCCCCCUGUCUCCCACGCUGCCACUCUCAGCCCUGUGACCUGCGUAAGCCCGGCCUGAAGAGACGCCAUGAUGCGGACACCCUGCCCUACUACGUCAGGCCUGGCCUGGACUUCAGCAAGAUGACUCCGAUUCGUAGUGGGGAGCCCCUGGUGUGUGGAGCGGCUGUCUACAUGGGGCUAGAGCCUGUUCCAGGGAACUUCAGAGGAGCCUUCUCCCCUGCAGACUUGGGAAGAACCAGCAUUGGACCGUUGAGUGAAAGUGAGGAAGAGGAGAACAUAAAUAUGGGUGCGCAAGAGGCUGGGCAGCAGAGUGUGUUUGAGAGGGACUGCACAGAACUGGACUUGAACCUUAUUGAGGAGAAUUGAAAGUUUCUUGGUGCUCCGUGUGUGAUUGACAGCAUUCAUCGUCAUAUUCACAUUACACCCCCCGGCUGAGCCCACGGGAACCUGCUGCCUUCAAAGGGGCCACAUUAGGUGCCCUUCAUAUCACUGGCUGACUAUAGAUUAAUAAGGCUCUAUUUUACCAUUAGUGUAAUGCUAGAGCAACUUUGACAAGCUCAUGAUAUUAAGCAUUUCAGGACAAUGAUGUUCUGCCUGUCCAUACUCUGUGGGUAAAUGUGUCUACCCAGAAACACAAUGGAGAUGGCUAAGACAUGAUGAUUUUUGAAGGUUAUACUGUAAUAGCCGCUUUCUAAUAAUCUGGGUAGUAACGCUACCGCUACUAUAAUUAUAAAAAUGAUGCAGUUUGCUUGCGAUGGACACUCCUGUCGGCAGGAUACAUUCCUGAACGUUAUGGCCAGUUGAGUUGCCAAAGGCCCCCUGAAAGGCCUUCACACAUCAGCUGUCAUGGGUGGAGGCCGAACGCUCUCACGUGUUUGAUUUGGCCCAGUGGAAUACCCGCUUGCAAAUUUAUAUUUUGCUGCUUCUGUUUCGCCUACUACUUAGACAAUGCAUUCAUUUUGUUUUCCACAAUUGGCUGAAUUAAAUAUUGUACAUUAAUCAUGUACAAAGCAGUU